AUAAAUAGGAGGGAUUAUUGCUUAUCGACACCAUAAGAGUUGUACAAGUUUAUUGCAUUAAAAGAAAAAACAUGAAAUCUUUCCUCCCUUUCUUUGCAUUCCUCUCGCUUCUCCUGUUUGCAGACACCCUUUCAGCUGCUCGAAAAGAUGUUGGGGAGUACUGGAGAGCUGUAAUGAAAGACCAGCCUAUGCCUGAUGCACUUGUAGAGCUUGUUUGGGUCAAGGCUGCCUCCGUUGGUGAUUUUGAACCGAGGCCAAGCACAACGGCCUAUGGAGACAAUGAUGUUGGCCUUAAAGGAAAAAAGAAAUCAUUCGUUAAUGAUUUUGAACCGAGGCCAAGCACAACGGCCUACGGAGACAAUGAUGUUGGCUUUAAAGGAAAAAAGAAAUCAUUCGCUAAUGAUUUUGAACCGAGACCAAGCGUAUCGGCCUACGAAGACAAUGAUGUUGGCCUUAAAGGAAAAAAGAAAUCAUUCGCUAAUGAUUUUGAAUCAAGACCAAGCGUAUCGGCCUAUGGAGACAAUGAUGUUGGCCUUAAAGGAAAAAAGAAAUCAUUCGCUAAUGAUUUUGAACCGAGACCAAGCAUAUCGGCCUAUGGAGACAAUGAUGUUGGUCUUAAAGGAAAAAAGAAAUCAUUCGCUAAUGAUUUUGAACCGAGACCAAGCAUAUCGGCCUAUGGAGACAAUGAUGUUGGCCUUAAAGGAAAAAAUAAAUUAUUCACUAAUGAUUUUGAACCGAGACCAAGCUUAUCGGCCUAUGGAGACAAUGAUGUUGGUCUUAAAGAAAAAAAGAAAUCGUUCACUAAUGAUUUUGAACCGAGACCAAGCGUAUCGGCCUAUGGAGACAAUGAUGUUGGCCUUAAAGGUAAAAAGAAAUUAUUCACUAAUGAUUUUGAACCGAGACCAAGCACAACGGCCUAGGGAGACGAUGAUGCUGAUCUUAAAGCAGUGAAGAAAUAAUGGACUAAUAAUCUUCUCCCUUUACAUGUUAUGUUUUACUGUGUGUUGUAAUAAACUCAGCAUCAUCAUCA